AUGAAUCAAGAAGAUAAGGCAGAAGGAAAUUUAUCAACUGUGAUACCAAAAUAUGGUCUCAAGGUAAAAUUAGAUCAUAAAUAUCCCGAAAAGCGUGACCAAAAGUACAUUCCAAGAAUAGGAGUUGUAUGGUCUAUGUUACCAUUAAUUUUUAGGUAUCUUAUUUAUUAUUUAAAAUCAAAAUGGAACGGCAUCAAAGUAGUAAUGGAUUAUGUGAAUGCAAGGGAUCCUCAACAAAUAUAUGGGGUACCAAUAGGAGGAAUAGGCUGUGGAACAAUAGGAAGAGGUUUUAGAGGUGAAUUUUGUAGAUUUCAACUGAGACCAGGUAUUUAUGAAUGGAACACUGUCGAUGCAGACCAGUUUAUUGUAACUAUUAAGGAUGAAAAUCAGGCGACAAUACUUCAAAGCCUGUUGUCCACUUUUCCUAAAUCUAGUCUUUCGAGUUGGAAAAGUCGUAUAGAUGGUGAUAAAUGCCAUUAUACUGGCUUAUAUCCAAGGGCCUGGAUAGAAUAUGACUUAUCUGAUUAUGGGGUAUAUCUUACUUGUAGACAAAUUAGUCCAGUAAUUCCUAAUGAUUAUGCUAACAGUUGUUUGCCGUGCGCCGUAUUUGUAUGGAAUGUUAAAAAUGUAUGUAAUGCUCAAAGAACUGUUACUAUUGCAUUUACUUUUAAAAAUGGUACAGGGAAUCCAUCUGAUAAUAAAGCUACCUGCAGUUCAAAAUCGUUUGUUUAUGAAAAUUCUGAAGGAGUUAUACUUUAUAACAACCUCGAUACAAUUCAGUGCACUUAUGCACUGUCAGCAAAGACUAAGUCCGAAAUAUCAGUCUCAAAAUGUUUAUAUUUCGAUCCAAAGUCCAAUGGAUCCGAAGUGUGGUCUCAGCUAGAACAAAAUGGCGAAUUCGACAAAAUAAAAAAAUCAGUUCACGAAGAUUUUUACUGCGAAAUGGCUGUCGGAAUUGCUUCAAAAGUUACCGUAAACGCUAGUCAAUCAGAGGAAAUAGAAUUGAGUCUUGUGUGGCAUAUACCGACGAUCAGUUUCCCAAGCAGUAAAAAAACUUACAAUAGAUACUAUACAAAGCAAUUUGGAACUGACAACGCAAUUUUAAAAAUUGUAGUUUACGCGUUUAAUAAUUACAAAAUGUGGGAGCAAAGGAUAUAUGAAUGGCAAAGGAAGGUAUUAGAAGACAGUAAGCUACCAGAUUGGUAUAAAGGAGCCUUAUUUAAUGAGACCUAUUACAUAAGUGAUGGAGGAACCUUAUGGUUGCUGUUAGAUGAUGAGGAAUUGAAAACGAUGUCAGAAAACGAUCCAAGAAUAGAAUAUGGUCGUUUCGCAUAUCUAGAAGGACAGGAAUAUAUUAUGUAUAAUUCAUAUGAUGUUCAUUUUUAUGCAUCGCACGCUUUACAUAAGAACUGGCCGAUGCUUCAAAAAUGCCUACAAUACGAUUUAAAGGACUUUGUGUCACUGGAAAUAAAAGAAAAUGUUAAGGAACUUUAUGAAGGUACAACUUGCGAGAGAAAGAAAGCAAAUUCCGUACCUCACGAUGCAGGAAGUCCAAGUGAAGGACCAUUGACUCUUGUGAAUGCCUAUCCCAUACAUGACGUGAGCACUUGGAGAGACCUGAAUUCGAAAUUCGUCCUUCAAACGUUCAGAGAUGCGUUCGCUUCUUCUCCGGAAAAUCCUGAUAUCGAUUAUAUAAAAAAUAUGUACGAUGCCUGUUUUACCGUUGUACAAAAAACCCUUAAAAAUGACGUUGAUGAGGAUGGUUUAAUUAAAAACCAAGGUAUUCCGGAUCAAACCUACGAUUCAUGGGUCAUGACUGGUGUAAGUGCCUAUUGCGGAGGUUUAUGGUUAUCCGCCUUGUAUGGAAUGGGUAUUAUGGCUGAAAAAUUAGGAAAACUUGAUGAUAAAAAGUUAUUUGAAAACAUUUUAAAUAAAGCAAAGGUAGCAUUUGAAAAGAAGAUGUGGAAUGGUAGAUAUUACAAUUUCGAUUGUUCAACAGAUCACUCGAAAGCUAUAAUGGCUGAUCAGCUUUGCGGCCAUUGGUAUUUAAUGUCCUCAGGGAUCAAAACCUAUGAUAUUUUUCCAGAGGAUCAUGUGAAAACUGCCCUAAAGACAAUUUACAAAAGCAAUGUCGAAUUAUUUUGUUACGGUAAUAUGGGAGCUGUCAAUGGGAUUAUUGAAGGACAAGUUGACACUGCAAGUGUACAAAGUGUAGAAGUAUGGACAGGUGUAACUUAUGCGUUGGCUGCAACUAUGAUUUAUGAGGGCAUGAUUGAAGAAGGUUUUAAAACAGCUGGUGGCAUGUAUAAUUCCAUGAUCAGAUGCGGCUUGGCGUUUGAUACUCCUGAAGCUUUAUAUGCUGAAAAACACAUGAGAGCAGUGGCCUAUAUGAGACCUCUUAGUAUUUGGUCCAUGCAAGCGGCGUGGGAAAACUAUAUUAGCCGUUAG